AUCAGAGCCGGAAGUUGAAGGAGCAGCACGCUGUUGACUUCUAUACCACCCGAACAAGGCGGCCCGGUGAAGGUGGGCUUCUUAUCAACCAAAUACAGCGGGAUUACUUUGCGUGGGCUGUGGGUUCAUGGAGGAGGUCACGUGCGUUCCUGGACAGUUUGAUGACGCUGAGGUAGACAGAGACCAAUCAGAGCCUUCGUUGCUACCAAGCCUCAUCAAUGAUGUCGCUGCGCAGAGGGUCGACAGUGAUGAGGAGGAGGACGAAGUGGAUGAUGAUUAUGAUGAUGAGGAUGAUGAAGAGGAUUGGGCGUACCAUUCUGCUGCCAAUCUGACCAGCAGAUUAAACCGGAGCGGCCUCAACUGCCAGGCAAACAGACAGAACCCGUCGAAUAAGAUGAUCUCGUCCUCGACCCCGUCUGACAAAGCUUUGAGGAAAUACGAACACAAAAUCAACCUGGAUAAACUGAACUAUGCAGACUCUGUGAUCAAUAAAGUCACUGCCAUGCAGAGGCAGAAAGAAGCCGACACGUACAGAGUAAAGGACAAAUCGGACCGAGCUACGGUGGAGCAGGUUUUGGAUCCACGAACUCGAAUGAUUCUCUUCAAGAUGUUGAGUCGAGGAAUCAUCUCUGAAAUCAACGGUUGCAUAAGUACAGGAAAGGAGGCCAACGUCUAUCACGCCAUCACGGCGUCAGGAGAAAGCAGAGCCAUCAAGAUCUACAAGACGUCCAUCCUGCUCUUCAAGGAUCGGGACAAAUAUGUCAGCGGCGAGUUCAGGUUCCGUCAUGGGUACUGUAAAGGAAAUCCCAGGAAGAUGGUGAGAACGUGGGCAGAGAAAGAAAUGAGGAACCUCAUCAGAUUGCAGAUGGCCGGAAUUCCAAGUCCAGAACCACUGCUACUCAGAAGUCAUGUUCUGCUGAUGGGCUUCAUUGGAAAGGACAACAUGCCAGCUCCCCUACUAAAGAAUGCGGCGCUGUCCGAGUCUAAGGCCCGGGAGCUGUACCUGCAGGUGGUCCAGAACGUGAGAAAGAUGUUCCAGGAUGCCCGGCUGGUCCACGCUGACCUCAGCGAGUUCAACAUGCUGUACCAUGAUGGCGAUGCUUACAUCAUUGAUGUGUCGCAGUCGGUGGAGCACGACCACCCGCAUGCCCUUGAGUUUCUCAGGAAAGACUGCAGCAACGUCAACGAGUUCUUUGUGAAGCAUGGAGUCGCUGCCAUGACGGUUCGUGAGCUGUUUGACUUCAUAACGGAUCCGUCCAUCACCCCCCAGAACAUGGACCGGUACCUGGAGAAGGCAAUGGAGAUGGCGACUGAACGGACCUCGGAGCAAAGAUCGGACCAGAACCAUGUGGAUGAGGAGGUGUUCAAGAGGGCCUACAUCCCGCGCACACUGACAGAGGUGAGCCACUAUGAGCGCGAUGUGGAGAUGAUGAAGGCAGCGCUGGAUGAGCCGUCUACUUGCCCGCAGAAUGACCAGGUUCUGUACCAGACGCUCACCGGGCUGAAGAAGGAUCUGUCCGGGGUUCAGACGGUUCCUGCGCUGCUGGAGGACGAGCACCCUUCCUCAGAGGAAGAGGAGGAAGAAGAAGAGGAGGAGGAGAAUGCAGAAGAGAAGGCUGAGAAAACCCCAGUGGACAAAAAGGAGAGGAAGAAGAUGGUGAAGGAGGCCCAGAGAGAGAAGAGGAAGAACAAAGUGCCAAAGCAUGUGAAGAAGAGGAAGGACAAGGUGGCCAAGAUAAAAAAAGGCAAAUGAGUUGAACCAAACCAGACGAGUGGCUGCACGUGCACGCCUGCAGGUCAGCUGACAGGAAGUGUUUGUGAUGCUCUAAAGACUGAAAUCAAACGUUCAGUGUUCCUGCGUGAUGUUUCAGCUGGUUCUCCAGCUUGAUCGGGUCAACACCCAGAGUCAAGAUGUUCUCUGGAUCAGAAUAGGGGGAUUAACACAAAACCCAUCCCUAAAAGCUAUGUGGUUGUUAUUUAAAAUGUGUAGACAGAGAUGCCUGGCGAGGUUUUGAAAAAUAAGCCGUUUUAUUGAGAAAAUGAGAAAACCUCACACGGUGUGUCCAAACAAACAGAUAACCAAACCCAGCUGUGAUCACGGUGUGCCUCAGUAACUGACAGUUCACAUGCAGGAUCUUUCUUUACACUAUUACUUAUUUACAGUAUCUUUAGAAGUGGAUUUACCUCCACAUGCUUGGUUCCUCGAAAGGAGACGCUGUGGCGGUUCUGACUCUCUUGUCUGCCCUCGUGUGUGUCUAAUAACUAUAAAAGCUUUCUGUCUGGGAGUUUGAAAAUGUCUUGGUUCAACAUUAAAGAACUGGGGGAGGUGGUUUUUGACAAAAAUGUGAUAAAUAAAAACGAGAGGCAGAGCCAGAGUCUGCAUCGGGCCAAAAACGUUUUCAGA